UGUGGGCAGCUGGAAACACAUAGUUUUGCAUGAGAAUAGAAUUUAUCUUUUGAGAAAAGCAAUACUUCAGAGCAUGCGUCACAACAGGUCCUCAUGCCUGCAAGUGCUUGUAAACACGCGAAGCCUUGUCCGACAGAAGGUGUUCGCGGGUACGUUUACAAAUGUAGCGAGUGGUCUCACCAAUGUAGCAGGCAUUACAGCCAGCACAUGUGAAUUUAUAAACGACACGCGAACUGAGACUGCGGCACGGAAUUUUUCACGCUGAACAUGUUUCUAACCUUAAAUGUAGAAAAAAACUAAAUCAAUAUCUAGAUCAGUUUUGCAAUAACAUUUGAGCAGAUGUCUUAAUUUAAUCUGCGCGACUUUAGAAAAACGGCCGCUUUUGCCGUUUUCGGCCGUUUUUGCGGUUAGAAAUAAAUGGCACCGACUUUCUAAUCGUAAACCUGGCCAUGUCUGACAUGCUGUUUCCAAUGUUCGGCUUUCCAUGGAUUCUAACAGGAUUGUUCGUGGACUCCUGGCUGAUCAGUGGCUCACUUGGCCAAGCCACAUGCAAACUGCUUUCAUUCCUACAAGGUAUCUCGCCUACUGUUUCUAUACAGAGCCUAGUUCCGAUAGCAGUGGACCGAUUCGUAGCAGUGGUAUUUCCCCUUAGUUAUCGAGUAAACAGUUCAAAGGUGUGCCUCUCCCUAAUCAUCGCCUCUUGGAUCGUUGGUAUAGCUAUCCAGUUGCUCUACACCCUGCCCUUCAAGCUGGUUAAAUACCCAGACAGGAUAGUGAACAGACCACUGUGGAGUGAAGUCUUUGGAGCGUCUUUCAAAAACCAGUACUUUGUGGCAUUUUCGCUUGUAUUCGUUUUUAUCCCAUUGGUGUUGAUAACCAUUCUCUACAUUAUCAUCUAUCUUAAGCUCAAGUCACAGAGGAUUCCAGGUGAAAAGUCACAGGUCAAAGUUGGACAACAACGCGAGCGAAGAGAAAGAAAUGUGUUAAGGAUGGCCAUUGCUAUAGUAAUCGGAUUUGCAAUAUGCUGGUUAUCGAUCACUAUCAGUGGGACUCUGUUCGUCUUUGCAUCGGAUAUCACCACAUCGUCUUGUGGAUUCACUGCCUUCAGAUUUAGUGCUUCACUAAUGGCUUUCGCAAACUCUGCCAUAAAUCCUUGCAUCUGCUUUAUUUUCAGUGCAAAUUAUCGUCAAGGACUUCAGCACUUGUACAGCCGUAUGCGUGCCGGUACUAAAAUAAGGCAGUCGUAAUAUAAGCAAGUCAUAUCGUUGUUUAAAAUUUGAGGAAUGAGCCGUGAAAACGACUCAGUCAACCAUGAUUUUAGUCGGUGAACAGCACAUAUUUUUGCUUGAAGAAUUCCCUAAGUCAAAAGAGCGUUGACACAUAAGUUAAUAUUAGCUAAAAAAGGAUAAUGUUUAGUGGGUAGUAGCAGUUAAAAACUGCUUUGCAUUCAGUUGACUCAAUGUACACUGAAAGGAACUUUGUAAAACGCUUAUUAACGUUCUUUGGACAAUCAUUUUGUAGCUACUUUGUAAACUCUAUAAUUGGUAUGCAUGAGUUCUUGAAAAUAACAGGGAAUUUUAGUCGAGCUGAAACUGGUACGAAAUAAUACUUUAUUUCAAAGCUAAUUUGGAUUUAUUGACUCUACACAUAAACAUGCUCCCCAGUAAAGAACGGUUGCUGACUAUUUUUUUGGACACUGGAUCGAUUUACAAUAACUUUGUUGUUAUUCUGUGAACUUUUGUGUUAUUUUAUUAAAAUUGUACAGUAACAACAUGAGCUAAAAAGCAGUAUAGUAAAUUCACUUGCUUUCCAUAGCCAGCUUCUUUAUUUCAAACUUCCCACAUUAAAUAUUUAUCUUUAGACAUAUCAGUCUCAAAACAAGCCAACCCCCUCACCCUUUCCCUCCUCUACUACACAAACCGCCACGCUUAUCGGCUCUUAUCAACCCUCGUCUGCAAGUUUUUCGCAAGACGGGUUGCCUGAGAAUUCACGGAUUGUUCACGGAUUUGGUUUAUCAGGAUGCAAGGAGUCUUUUUCUAGGAAAACUGACUUGAAAACUGCACGUCUUUGAUUCUGACAGGGAACUCAUUAACAUUUGGUUACUAAGUAUUUAUGAGCUGGUCACUGUUUCCGAGGAUAAAACAAUUUACCAGUCAUUUUCCUUUUUUUUGUCCAGAAUCACUCUAUGUCUAGUUUUGUGGGUUGCAAAUAUGUGGGUUUGGUUGGUUGUUGUUGUUUUUUUUCUGAGCAGUUCAUUGUCACACUUAAUAUUAUAUAACACCAGGAACCCCUUCUGAAUUACUGAAGCUGAAGAGAGGUUGUGGGAACAUUGAUGUCAGUGGGUCUGCUUUGUCUGUUGACUGAGGGGGAAAGUCUCAGCCUGAAAUGUCAGUCAGCUUGGGGUGGGAGAUGACUGACAUUUCAGGCUAGGGAGGCGCCUUUCAAUCAUUUGAAGGUGGUAAUCAUCCCAUACAGUGCCCAGUGCCCAGUGCCCGAUGUACUUCAUGAGGAGAACACGGGGAACCACAGACACAACAAAUAAAAAACUUCAAAGCCAAUUAUUUGAUAAUCCUAGAUCAUGCAGGGUCCAAGACCCCGUUGAUUGUCAAACACGAGAAAAAAAGGAUUAGCUUAAAACCGUGUUUCCGUUCGUUGCUUCUGUAAAUCAAUAUAGAUUAGUGCCGCGCAAAGGAGAUCGGGAAGGCGAAAAUGUUCCCUUGUACUUCGCACGACCCUCGUUACCAGUCGCUCUUGCUUCGCGCUUCUUCAAAGCGCCCGGAAUGCGCGGCUGUCGUGCUCUAAAUAUUUUUCCUCUCUUGAAUGAACCUUACACCUCGCCCAGCACUAAUGAGGCUUCGUUGUUGUUCCGGUCACAGAGGAUCCUUCCAAUAAAGGACGAGUGCAAAUUCUUCCUGCGUUUUUAAAAACAAAAAGGUCAUGCGCAGCUAAUGUAUGAUAAUAGGAACGAGGAAGGGUUGAAAGGAAUGGUGACUGUAGGGUGAGUUUGCUCUUCUCCUUUUAAUCUCGUAUCACGAAACACAAGUCUGUAUAUAUUAAGUACAACUGGUGUAAACGGAUUGUAUAUAAGUCUUCAUUACCCGCCCGUUAGCAACGUUUGACUGUUUUUAUUGAUAUUUAAUUUACAUCAUUCUCGUUUGUACGUUCAGCUCUACUCAGGGCUACAGUUUAGCUCAACCACGAACAGAACGCAGUCAUGUGACCAAUAACUGACCAAUACCUAAAUGACACGCGUGUAAAUCGCUCCCUAUUUGGUUUUUAAAAGAAAAACAAACAGAUUUAACUCAGAGAUAAGAAAAACUAAACAUGAAGAACGUGCUAUAAAAGUGUACAUGAAUUUAAGAAAAAAAA